AUGGGUUUUCAAACAGUCCGUCCGUAUCUCAGUCGUUUUGCCUUAGGGUUUGCUUUAGGACUUCCAGUAGCUGUAACAUUUGUAGAGAACGUUGGGAGUUUAAAGGGAGUCCAUGGUAUCUCAAUGCAAGUAAGUGGGUAUAUAUAUCAAGCUUAAGCUUUUUUGAUUUAGCUUAGGGGCUGACCAUUUGACUUUUUUUAUGGGUGAUUUGGUUUGGGUAAUAAUUUCAUUUUUCCCAAACCCCUGGUGACAUACAACGGUGUAAGAAUUUUUUUUUUCCAGCAUACGACAUGAAAGAUGUUUUUUUUCGCCAGGUAUUUCCUUGCAAGAAUCUUUUCCCUCGAAAUCAGUAUGCAGGAUUUUUUUUUCUCAAAUCACCGAUACCCCCCCCCCCUCCCCUCAAAAGUCAAAUGAUCGUCCCAUUAGCCCCAAGCUUACAUUCUUUUAUUUUUCGAUCAACGAUAGCUAAAGAUUUGGCGAGAGUCAAGCGUCACAAAUCGUUCACUCUUUUUUAGUCUAAAAUCACAGGCUGACUACCCUCUGUUAGUGGGGCCACUGUUGAUUGAAAUCUGAGCAUCAAUCUCUUGUUAUUUAUAGAAGAAAAACAGAUGAACAAUAGGGUGGUUAUAAUUUGCUCCAAAGUGCAGAUUUUAAUGCAAAUGUUUCAAUAAAAGCUUGAAGAAAAUGUGCCGUGUGUCAUAAAGAAGGAGACUAUUAAAGGCAUGCAGCAAUCAGCUGCUGGACACAUGACCUGGUCCACUCUAAGCUGGAACUGACACCAAACUGUUAAAUUUCUUAGUUCGAAAAUGCUGGCUUCUGAUCCACUAGAUAUGUCUCCAUGCCCCAAGUGAGAGCUCAAUCCCUCCAAAAUUUCUCAACAAAAGCGAUCUUGAAGUUGCAAGACCAGCUUUCUCAACAUGAUCAGUGCAAAAUUCCCAAUCAAAGGCAUUUGAGGUGUGUGCGUCAAUCCAAAUCCACCAAUCUGCAGGGCAGUUUUGGGUUUUGAACUGACAAUAGUCGCAAUACACUGAUUGGUGGAUUUGGCGGCUUGGUCACCUGGAAGACCUAUGCAGUCACUGUUUCUCCACACAGUGUAUAGUUUCAUGGACAUCUCUCAUCAGAGGGAUAACACCUGCCACAUAACAUGGCAAUGUAACCAUAAAAGUUAAUUUUCUCUUACUUUUAUCUACAGCCAACACUAAAUCCAAAACCUCACUUUAAAGGUGAUGUAGUGCUUGUGAACAGCUGGGCUGUGAGACGAUUUGAAGGAAUCAGCAGAGGAGAUAUUGUAACCCUCAUGUGAGUGAAUUCUGAGUACUGUUAGAGGUUACUUGAUCUUUCCCUACCUUUUGGAGGUUUCUUAUAACUUUUGAAAAAGCUGUGAGAGCUACAGAGGUACAUUAAGGUGUCAGUUUGAGACAAUAAGGCAUUUCCCCAUUCCUCUAUUUGCAGUAUUUUGUUUGAGCAUAGCAAAUCAGGGCCUAACUUCAAAAAACCUUGACCUUGUUUUACAGUUGGGUGCCUUUUCACUCCUAAGAGCAAACAAUUAGUCAAAAUUGACAAAAUUUGGAUUUGUUGUACUCUAAUAUAUGUACAAUUUGACUUUCAUAGUAUUCCCAAGAACUACCAGUAAUAAAACAGUGGUAAUACUGGUGAAAAGGGUCUUAUGUAUACAUGUAUGAUAACAGAAAAAAAUGAUACAUGCUGUUCUGGUCAUCUUGAUAAACAAAAGGUUGGAAAUCAUACAUACAUGUACAGUUGUAUGAAAGAAAUGGUGAUUUCCAUAGAGGAACUUUCAGCUGCUAUUUUUUUUAUUAGUACUGGAUAAUGUGCGAUACGUGUGAACAGUUUAAAGACUGUAAGACACUAACAUUGUUGAGCAGGGUUGUCACUAAGAUUUCAAGUUGCCUGGGUAAAUACAAAAAGAAGGCGUGAAAUCAAACAGCUAGAAGUAUCUUUUGAUUCUACUUUUCUUAAAUUUUCCUUUGAAAGUAGGUGCAGGCCACAUUCAUUGUAGCUGGGGAAAAUCCCUGGCCCCCGCCCCUUAAUGCCAGCCCAGGUUGAGUGUUGAAUACCAUUUCACAAAAAAACUAUCUCCUUUUUGACUCCUUUAAAAGUGAUCCUUCAGACCCGGAUGCUGUUCUUAUAAAGAGAGUGAUAGGUGUGGAAGGAGAUCAUGUGAAGUAAGUAAAUCAAACAGUCCAGUAGCCUUUAACCACUUAGAUGUAUUAUUAAACAGUGGAGGCAUGAAGCCUUGUAAUCUACCAAAAAAAUAUGCCUAUGCCUUUAGGUCAAAAUAGUCUAUUGCUACAAAACCAGCUUAGGGCGUAUCGUGGGAUCUACUGUAAUUUGGCUAAGUUGUAAUGGUCUCCCUGCGUAAUCAUUUUAUGUCUAUAAGCAUUUUUUUUUUCUAGUUAGGCAAAGCUAGAAAAACAAAUGAAUUUUUUACAAAUAAAUAGUACAUAAAUAAAUAUCUUGUCUUUAGAAGGCUAUGCCAAUCUGGCACUAGAAUAAAACAAAGAGACGACCCAAGUUGUGUCUUGGAGCAGCAGCAAACUUUCAGUAACAGCAUUCAAAAACACUCUUUUUUAUGAUCAAACUACAUUCAUUCACUUGUAGUCUGCAACUCACGGUGUCUACUUUGACUCUCAUCUAAGUAGACAAAGUCAGUCUCCUACAGUAUAUAAGGUGUGUAGUCGAGUCACUUUCUUUAAAGUUAAUUAGAGUCUCUUGCCUUUAUAUCUUUGUCUUAUGCUACCCUCUUCUCUUUUUCUAAGGAGGGAGUGUUGAGUGGUCAGUUUUUCCUACUCACAAUAAGAAGGUCCACAGGCACAAUUCUUGCCCUGACCACUAGCUUAAUUUGUUUCUCAGAUAGUCCCAAAGUUCACCUGGGAAAGUUAAAUUCGUAUAUCACACUAUAUGGACUAACAAAUACCCAGUAGCCAGCUUGUUUUGUUAUCAUGUUGCAUGAAUGUUUGACUUUGAUUAAAGGUUAUGUUGAUUAUUUUUUUGUGAUUUUUAAAAACUGUCACUGGAUUGGCUGUAAACUAGAAUCUGUACAAUAAAACAGUCAAGUAUUGCCUUUUCAAAGCUCUAGAUUAAAAAAUAAAACUUCAUUUAUUUAUUUGUUUGCUUACUUUUUUCACAUUUUACAGAACUAUAAGCUACAAGAAGAAGAUUGUACAUAUUCCAGCAGGUCAUUGCUGGGUUGAAGGAGAUAAUCAUUCACACAGUCAUGACAGCAACUCCUUUGGCCCGGUGAGUUAUAAACUGAAUUCUGUCCUAAUGUCAAAUGGCAGUGGUCCACUUAGUGUGAAAGUAAGCUCUUUAUUUGAAAAUGGUGUACAGGUUCUUGAAAAGUUGGAGUUGUGUCCUUGAAUUCCACAAUUUUCUGGGAAGCUGAUCUAAAUUUGUCUAUCCUAUAAAUUGAUCUAUUUGUUUUACAUGUAUUCCAUUUCAUUUUAUUUCUGUAGGUGUCACUGGGUCUUGUUCAGGGAAAAGCUACUCACAUUGUAUGGCCACCGAGGAGAUGGCAAAAAAUAGAAACAUUUUCACCAGAGGGACGCCUUGACUCUGAUAAAAUCUCUACUCAGUAUGAAUCAAGGAAUGCAAAGGAUCUUCCCAAUAAUGUGGAUACAACAGUGAAAAGAGAUGGAAUAACAUGCAGCGGCUCUACAGCUGGCUCUAGUCGAACUCAUAAUAAGUUUGAGGAAAAAAAUUCUGUCACAGAGAUAAUUUGUGGACCCAUGAGUUGA